AUGAGUCAACACGAAAGUAGUGUAGAAGAGCCAAGUGGGAGUGGUCAGCCACUGGGAUCAUUGGAAAGUCUUGGAAGAAAGAGACGAUUAGAAGAAAGAGAUGUGCCAGCAGUGAGCUCAUCGUAUAGCUCGGCGAAAGAAGUCCCAGGAUGGUUGAAAGUUGCAAGACCUCAAGAUAAAUAUGAACAAUAUGGGCAACGGAGAGUGGAAAGAUCUAAUGAUACCGCUGGUGACUCUAGAUAUUCCAAAUAUAAUAUUUCAACUUCUAAUAGUGUAUUGAAAAGACGUCACGAGGAAUCUUCAUCAGGGGAUGAUGCUCAUCCCAAAUAUGCCAAAUAUCGCGAUGAGUCAUUAGAUAGAGUUCAAAGUAGUAGUAGUAGUUCAAGUGUACCUGAAGUGACUGCUUAUAGUAAUAUUGAAAUUGCCAAUCCUUCUGCCAAUCAUCGAGAAAUCCGUUAUCAAACUUUUGAAAGUCAUAUAAGAGACCGUGAAACAGCAGAUAUCAAUAAUAUUGUUAGAAGUCAUUAUAAUCAAAGAACAGUUCAUUCUAAGUACCAAGGAUCCAGAACGAAGUCACCUAUUUAUAAAUUACGUAAUUUCAAUAAUACUAUUAAGUAUAUGUUACUAGGGAAUUUUGUGAAAAGAGAUGAAAACAAUAAUGAGAAAUUAUUCACAUUACUUGAUUUGUGCUGUGGAAAAGGUGGAGAUUUGAACAAAUGUGAAUUUGUUGGCAUUGAACAAUACAUUGGAAUUGAUAUAUCUGAUAGAUCAGUCGAGGAAGCCUUUUCUAGGUAUAGACAAAAGAAAGCAAGAUUCAAACUGGCUCAUAGAAAGGACAAUACCAAAUAUAAUUUUGAAGCAUGUUUUGCAACUGGAGAUUGUUUCGGACAAACAAUUCCAGAGAUAUUGGAACCCAAUUUCCCGGGUAUUAUAGAUAGAACUUUCCCUGUUGAUUGUGUGUCGAUUCAAUUCUCGUUGCAUUAUUCCUUCGAAACUGAAGAAAAAGUUAGGACGUUAAUUAUGAAUAUAUCAAAAUCAUUAAGACCCGGAGGAACAUUUAUUGGAACUAUUCCAUCAUCAGAUUUUAUUAGAGGAAAGAUCCAACGUAAGGAGUAUAUUAAAGAAGAAACAGGCAAGAAAAAGUUUGGUAAUUCUAUAUAUUCAGUAACAUUUGAGAAAGAUCCCCCUGCCGAUGGAGUUUUCAGACCACCAUUUGGAAACAAAUAUGUUUACAACUUAAUUGAUGCCGUGGACAAUGUUCCUGAGUAUGUUGUACCAUUUGAAACUUUAAGAAGUAUAAGUGAAGAUUAUGGAUUAGAGUUAAAAUAUAAAAAGAACUUUAUAGAUAUAUUCAACGAGGAGAUCCCCAAAUAUUUUCCGAAAUUGAACAAGAAUUUAAUCGAAGGAAUGAAAAGGUCCGAUGGGAAAUAUGGAGCUGAAGGUGAUGAAAAGGAGGCAGUUGGAUUCUAUUUAGGAUUUGUAUUUGAGAAGCUGGGUGUUUAA